CAGUCCGCUACGCCGUAGUCGAAGCUACGAACUCGCUACGUUCUAGCUACGUAACAAGUGCUGCGAAAUAAAAUUGUAUUACGUCAUAUAAAAUUGUAAAGUGCAUGGCUUUUUAAAUUGGUAGCAGUGUUACGUAGAAUAAAAGUUAUGUGGUGUGUAAAAUGUCAUAAACUCCGGGUGUGGGCAAAUUAAAAACACUUCAACGCUGCAAUGGGAGAUAUAAAAGCACGUGGCGCGAUGCGGACAUUAAUAUUUCUACUGUCAUUACAAGGAUCGCUGUGCUUGCGAAAUGUGUACAUGAUAAUACCUGAAGCAGUGGAGAGAGGCAAGCCGGUGGUCCUCCGCUGCAUGUACGACCUGGAGAAUGAGGACCUGUACCAGGUGAAGUGGUACCGCGGCGAUCGGGAGUUCUACAGGUACGCGCCAAGGGACGUGCCUCCGAUCAAAGAGUUCCCGAUCUCUGGGAUCGAAGUUGAUCGCGACGCGAGUGACGCACAGCAGCUCACGCUGAAGGAUGUGACGCGAAGGGCUCACGGGAGGUACACUUGCGAAGUGUCCGCGGACGCACCGUCCUUCCUCACGGCACAAGUUCACGGCUCCAUGUACGUCGUUGAUCUGCCUAAGAGUGAUCCAGAGUUACUGGGGUUGAAGAGGCGGUACAAACCUGGCAUGAAGCUAAAAGCGGAGUGUAUCAGCUUUGAUUCGAUGCCGCCAGCGAAUCUAUCAUUUUUUAUCAACAGUGAGCCGGCACUUUCGCAGCACGUGUGGCACAGAGUGGGAGGGGGCGAGAACGGCAGCUUAUGGACCGCUUACAGUACUAUCCAGUUCGUAGUGCAAAAACACCACUUUAUCAGAGGAAAAAUAAAGAUCCGAUGCUCAGCGUUUAUCUACUCUAUUUACUUCCGGAGUCAUGAACAGGUUGCGGACGAGGAGCGAGUCAUCCGUACGACGAUAGCGCCGCUUCCGAAGACGCGCGAGGCUAUAGUGUUCCCUAUACAUCGCGUUUCAGAUAAUAGUGGACCGAGGAUUGGACACAGUGUAUCGAGGGGUUUAAUAGGUCUUAUGUUAUUAGUUUCAAAAUACUAUAUAGUUAGAUAAAUUGAAUUGAACAUCUAGAAUCUAGAUAGGCACUUACUAACUGACCAUGAUAAAGUGAUGGCUAAACUCCUGUGACAAAAUGUGACCAUAGCAAGCAAAGGAACAGAUCACCUGAAGCUUAUUCUGUAUUCUGUAGUACUAGAGUUAAACGAAUAAACGAAUCACCUUCAUGGUGUCGGGUUUAAAGAAAUUUGAAUUAGAACGAAAUGGAGAAACGGAAAACAAAUUAAGUAUUUUUCUCUGUAAGAAUCCUUUGUACAUGGUGGACUUACGACCCCAUGUAAACUUAAUUAAAAACCGGACUUUGUCCUUUCUGAGCACAAGAACCGGUUAAGUGCGAGUCGGACUUGCACUCGAAGAGUUCCGUACCAUCGUACACAAAAUAACACUCUAUAACUUUGUUUAAUUUUCAUGGCGGUCAUCUUGAAAUUUUUAUUAUUUGUUGUUAUAGCGGCAAUACAUUUUGUGAAAAUUUCAAUUCUUUAGCUAUUUCGAUUCAAAAAAUACAGCCCGUUAACAUACAGACGGACGGACAGACGGACAGACGGACGGACGGACGGACAGCGGAGGCUUAGUAAUAGGGUCCCAUAUGCAUCAUUCGGGUGCGGAACCCUGGAAACCAUAGGUUACUACUUACUUUAUUAGUGUAUAACACAACAUUAUUUUAUCUUUUGGGCAACUGAAUACAAAUUCAAUUAGUUCUUCUCGUCUUAAGAUAACGAAGUAACAAUAUUAUGUAGGUACCUAGUUCUAGUACUUCCCAGUGAGAAAAUAAACAUACCAAUAUCGUUUCGAAGGCUUCGAGGGAUAACAAAAAGACCUAUUGACAAAAAAGUUAGAUUUACAAGACAAAAAUGUGAAUAAAAUUAACGAAGUUGAUAUGUUAUGGUAGAUAAAUAUUAAUCCUUUAAAAUAUGGACCUUUUGGCAUUUUUCUGUAUACAUUCCGUAUUUUGUUAUGCCCUCGACAUUAUUCUCGACCAUAAUAUUUCUGCUUCAUUUCGUCGAUUUCCACUUAGAAUUUUCCACUCAAGUUUUUGAAAAAUUGAAUUACUUCUAUCAGGAUGAUUGAUCAAAUAGAAAGUUUAAGGACCACCAUUUAAAGUUUGCCUCUGAACUGAAAGUUAUUUUUUUUUUUCAACGAGUUUAGUUGUUUAAGUCAACGAAUUUCGUUAACUUAGUCAUUUUAUAUACAAAUCGCAGUAUAAUGGUCAGUUAGUAGUUAUUAGAUAAUAAUAUUGUACGUUGUAAUAUCCUAAACCAAGGAUCCUGAUGUCUUUACGACUAAUAAAUUCUUCUCUAUAUUGUAUUGUUGAUACUUUGUAGUUGUGCCAACCCGAAUUUAUGUAUUUCAUCAAAUGGAAUACACGUGUUUAUCCCAAAAUGUUUAUUUUGCUUUGUUAGUCCAAUAACGUUUGGGCCUAGAAAUCGAUAUGUGCUGAUGCACACAUGAUGCUUUCAGAAUCGGCGCGCAACGAUUUUGUGACUAUUUCGAUGCUUUAUCGGGGUUAUUAACGAGUUUUGCGUUUGAUCAUGGUAUGCUAGAUCUUCGUUAAAUCGCUGCGACUGGUAUUCAAAUCGAAGUUAAUGAAUCGAAGUUAGUAGUUCAUAGCAGUUUCUACGGUUUCCAAAAAGCGCUGUUUGCUUAUAGUAACUUGUUUGCCUUAGUCCUAAAAUAAACAAAAUGUGGAAUCUGGAGUGCCAUCUAUAUAUAUUCGUGUUUCACGACAAGUCUAAGCGUAAAUAUGUGUGAUUUAAUAACGAAUGGCAUUGUAAUUAAUACCUAAAGGCAUUUGUACAAUAGUUCAAUAUGAACCGAAAAAAAGGAUCUUUAUAGUGGAAUGUAUCCGACACAUCACGAAAUAAGUUUAAAAUCAAUAAUUUGCUAGAUUUGCGUACCUACUGCAUGACAGGCGGUUUCAGUUAGGAUGUGUCAAUAACAGCAAAAUGCCCCUAGUAGUCAGGGUAUGUUAACUUGGACAAAAGCUUUAACUUUAACUUUAAUUUUCGUUAACAUUUCUAGUUGGAACCGCUCAGACGUGUAAAGGCCAGCGCACAUAUGGCCGAGCACAGCGCAGAGCAUGCCCGCGAAGUUUUCUAACCGCGUGACACAUUA